AUGGCCAACCUACGGAAAACACACCCCCUCCUAAAAAUUGCAAACAACGCACUGGUGGACCUCCCAGCACCAGUAAACAUCUCCGCUUGAUGAAACUUUGGCUCCCUACUAGGGCUAUGUCUAAUUGCCCAAAUCUUAACAGGACUAUUUUUGGCAAUGCACUAUACAUCCGAUAUCUCUACUGCUUUCUCAUCCGUUGCUCACAUUUGUCGUGACGUCAACUACGGCUGACUCAUCCGAAACAUACAUGCUAAUGGAGCAUCUUUCUUCUUUAUCUGUAUUUACCUACAUAUUGGCCGAGGCCUUUAUUACGGCUCCUACCUAUAUAAAGAAACCUGAAAUGUGGGAGUAGUUCUCCUCCUUCUUGUUAUAAUAACAGCCUUCGUUGGAUACGUCCUACCCUGAGGACAAAUGUCCUUUUGAGGUGCCACAGUAAUUACCAACCUCCUGUCCGCCGUCCCUUACGUCGGAGAUGCUCUCGUACAAUGAAUUUGAGGUGGAUUUUCAGUUGACAACGCAACUUUAACCCGAUUCUUUGCCUUCCACUUCCUCCUCCCCUUUGUAGUAGCUGCCGCUACUAUAGUCCACCUGGUUUUCCUCCACGAAACUGGGUCCAACAACCCAACAGGCCUAAAUUCAGACGCUGAUAAAAUCUCCUUCCACCCCUACUUCUCCUAUAAAGACCUGUUGGGGUUCGCCCUUCUUCUGGCCACUCUAAUUGCACUUGCAUUAUUCUCACCUAACCUUCUAGGUGACCCAGAAAACUUCACACCCGCCAACCCACUAGUGACGCCCCCUCAUAUUAAACCUGAAUGAUACUUCCUGUUUGCAUACGCAAUCCUACGAUCUAUUCCUAACAAACUAGGGGGCGUUCUUGCUCUUCUAGCAUCCAUCCUCGUCCUCAUGGUAGUGCCAAUUCUUCACACAUCUAAACAGCGGAGCCUAACUUUCCGCCCCUUCACACAAUUCCUGUUCUGACUCUUAGUUGCGGAUGUAAUGAUCCUUACAUGAAUUGGAGGAAUGCCGGUAGAACACCCCUUCGUCAUUAUUGGACAAGUAGCCUCCUUCCUUUACUUCUUCUUGUUCCUUGUUCUUUCGCCUGCCGCAGCUUGACUAGAAAACAAAGUCCUCGGAUGAUAA